AAAUUUACAUUUCACUUAACAUUUCAAUUCAAAAUAAAACUUAAAUAAACACAAACAACAAUGUCUCGUUUUGUAAAAUUAGUGAAAUCCUUUCUACCAGUCGCAAAUACAUUUACAACCCCAAACCUACAAAGGUUAGGUCAAGUCUCUGUUAGAUGUAAAAGUUCUGAACCAGAAGCCCCCAAACAUGUCCUUAUGCAAUUUUUCGAUGACCCCAAAAACUGGGGAGAAAAUGAGGUCAAAGUUGGGAGAUCUUGGAGAGUCGAGGAGCUGAGGAUCAAGUCGAAUGAGGACUUGCACAAACUCUGGUAUGUUUUACUAAAAGAGCGCAACAUGCUCUACACAAUGGAAGAAGAGUGCAAACAAAAGACUCAUUUAUUUCCAAACCCAGAACGUAUAGAUAAAGUUGAAGAGUCCAUGAAAAAUUUAGAAAACGUUGUCCGGGAACGUAAUGAAGCAUACUAUUUCCUAGAAACUGGUGAGAGUGGUGAAAGACCUUCGUAUAUGAUCAGAAACUCUUUGGGAUUACGGAUAAGACGUAGAGCUACUGAACAUUUGAUACCCAAAUAUAUGAAUACUGAUUGGAAGAGGAAGAAUCAUAUCGGGUUUAGUGGACAUGCUGUGAGGAAGUUUUUGCAACAUUAUAGGGAGCAAUUGUAUGUGGAGAAGAAGAAGAAAAAUAACCGUGACCGUAAUCAUGUAAGAUCCCUACUAAGGAUGUACAAGAAUUUAGAUAUGGAAGCCCUGAAAGAGCAAUACCCCAAUGUCGAUAUUGAAAAAGAGAAGAGGCAUCCUAGAUCACAAGGACAUUUUAUUAGAGACGAUUAA